ACAAUGAUGCUUGUAAAGUUUAACCUAGUGACCCAUAAGAUCGUAGAUGGCGAUAGAUAAUGUAGAACAGAAAAAAAGUAGCAGAAUAUUUAACAAUCGAUACAUCGUCUAUAUUACGUAUUUGUUAUCGUCGUAUCGUGGCGAGUGGUUUGCGUUUAUCUUGUUUUGACAUUUAUCAAAUCUAUUUGACAAGGAAGAAUUUUUAUAAAGAAAGAAAUAAUAUUUUUUAAAAUGAAGGACGGUAGUCGACUUUUAAGAGUAUUACUAAAAGUAUCUGAAAAAGCAGCAAAUAUUGCACGAAUUUGUAGACAAAACAAGGCAUUAUUUACAUUGCUUAUUCAAGAAAAGUCAGCACAGGAAAAAAAUCCACGAUUUUUUCAAGAUUUUAAGACAUUAGCCGAUGUUCUCAUACAAGAAACAAUUAGACAUGAUAUUGGAUUAGAGUUUCCAGAACUAGCUGAUGCAGUUAAAGGAGAAGAAAACAAUGUUUUUAGUAAUACUUUGGGAGAGACAAUUAUUGUUAAAAUUUGUUCUAGUUCAGAAAAAACUGCUGAACUUCUAAGAAAAGUUUUAGAUGAUGAUCAAACAACUGCAGAAUUACUUUCUGAAGAAGUACAUAAAAAUAUAGUUUUAACCGAUGUUGCAAUUGAUCCAAUAAAUAUUCCUACAGAUUUUGAAACUGAUAUAUCAGACCUUGGAAUAUGGAUUGAUCCAAUUGAUUCAACAGCUGAUUAUAUAAAUGGAGGAGAAGUUAUUGAUAAAAUUACUGGACUACAUAUGAGUGGAUUACGUUGUGUUACUGUACUUAUUGGAGCUUAUUGUCGAAGUUCUGGCCUACCAGUUAUAGGAGUAGUAAAUCAACCAUUUUACUCACAAAUAGAAACUCAGUGGAAAGGUAUGUGUUAUUGGGGAUUUUCUGAUAAUAGUAUAUCUUGCUGCUCAAUUCCUAACAAUGACGAACCACCAAACAAAAUAGUUCUAAUUAGUAGAGUAGAGGAUCCAAGUAUAAAACUUAAAUUAGAAGAAGCUCAAUUUAAGACUGUGGAAGUUGCAGGAGCAGGUUACAAGCUUAUAAGUGUUGCUUUGGGCCAAGCUGCUGCUUAUGUACUUUCUAAGAGUUCAACUUAUCGAUGGGAUAUAUGUGCUCCUCAUUGCAUAUUAAAAUCUCAAGGUGGUAGUAUUUUAGAUUUUAAAAAGUACAUAAAUAAUUCUGAUUGUUAUACUGCUACUAUAAAGUACUCUGGUUUUGACAAUGAAAUUUCUAAUGAUGGAGGUUUGAUUGCUUUCCAAGAUACAAAAACUUUAGAUAUUUUAACAAAUGUCUUAUGUUAAAAAUACUCAUAAGAGAUAUCUACUUAAUA